UGUAGCUGCUUUUGCGCGCUUGCAGGGCUGCCUGAAGGAAAUGAUCCGUGUUGUUGCCGGAAGUAGAGAGAGGAGGGGUGUAAUGGCGGCUGAGACCGAAGUCGAAACGGCUCCGGUGGACAUCGCAGAGGAGGGGUCCUGCACGGCGGCGGAGGAGCUGGCGGCUCAGAAGCGCGAACAGAGACUGCGAAAAUUCCGGGAGCUGCAUCUGAAGCGGAAUGAAGCUCGUAAAUUAAAUCACCAGGAGGUUGUGGAAGAGGAUAAAAGACUUAAGUUGCCUGCAAAUUGGGAAGCCAAAAAAGCUCGUUUGGAAUGGGAACUACAGGAGGAAGAAAAGAAAAAGGAGUGUGCAGCCAGAGGGGAAGACUACGAGAAAGUGAAGCUGCUGGAGAUCAGUGCAGAAGAUGCAGAAAGAUGGGAGAGGAAGAAGAAGAGAAAAAACCCUGAUCUUGGUUUUUCAGAUUAUGCUGCUGCCCAGUUACGCCAGUAUCACCGGCUGACCAAGCAGAUCAAACCUGACAUGGAAAGCUAUGAGAGACUGAGAGAAAAACAUGGAGAAGAGUUUUUCCCAACAUCCAACAGUCUUCUUCAUGGGACACACGUGCCUUCCACAGAGGAGAUCGAUAGAAUGGUCAUAGAUCUGGAAAAACAAAUUGAAAAACGAGACAAAUACAGCCGAAGACGUCCUUACAAUGAUGAUGCAGACAUCGACUACAUUAAUGAAAGAAAUGCCAAAUUCAACAAGAAAGCGGAAAGGUUCUAUGGGAAGUAUACGGCUGAAAUUAAGCAGAACUUGGAGAGAGGAACAGCUGUUUAAUCGCUGCUUUUAGGAGCUUAAGAAUGGAGUGCAAAUUUCUGCUCCCAAACUGAAGCUCUCUUCACUAUUUCACCAGUAAACCAGAACAUAGCCUUGCCUUCCCACUCAGCAUUUUGAAAUAAUAAAUGUUUUUUCUUAAAUGUAAA